UGAAAGGUUAUCAAACUGAGGACAACAUUUCAGGAAAGGUUUCCCCGGCUUUGUUUAUCUUUGAGCAGGGAAGAACCCAGGAAGAUUGGCUGUCCAGGAAUUAUUGGCCCAGACACCUGAUUCUUUUCAUAAUUGUGUUUUCCUGCCUGACUGGAUCUUGGAAACAGUCUCCAUUCCUUUACAUUUGAGAGCAUUUUUUCUUCUGUGGCAACUGAGUCCUGGGAAUGCUUUAUUAUGGCAGCAGUUGUACAACAGAAUGAGCUCGUGUUUGAAUUUGCCAGCAACGUCAUGGAGGAUGAGCAACAGCUUGGUGAUCCAUCCAUUUUCCCUGCUGUCAUUGUGGAACAUAUUCCUAGUGCAGACCUCCUACACAAUUAUUCUGGCUUAGCUUGUGUUGAUGAAUCCAGUGACAUGAUUACUGAGAGUUCCCUGGAUGUUGCAGAAGAGCAAAUAAUAGAAGAUGAUGACAUCACCCUUACAGUUGAAGCGUCUUGUCAUAAUGGAGAUGAAACCAUGGAAACUAUUGAAGCUGCUGAGGCACUUCUCAAUAUGGACUCCCCUGGUCCUAUGUUGGAUGAAAAAAGAAUAACAAAUAUGUUUGGUACAUCUGAAGAUGAAAUUAUUGUUGCUCCUGUCACCCAUGUAUCUGUCACACUUGAUGGGAUCCCUGAGGUUGUAGAGGUUCACCAAGUUCAAGACUCUUAUGCUGAAUCAUCAGACACUCCAGAACUUGAGCAGCCUAAGAAGAAGAAAGGGAAAAAGUCCAAAUCUUCUCGUCCUGAAUCCCCUACGACAACUCCAAAUAUAUCAGUGAAAAAGAAAAACAAAGAUGGAAAGGGAAAUACAAUUUAUCUUUGGGAGUUUCUCUUAGCACUGCUCCAGGACAAAGCUACGUGUCCCAAAUAUAUCAAAUGGACUCAAAGAGAAAAGGGCAUUUUUAAACUGGUAGAUUCCAAGGCUGUGUCCAGAUUGUGGGGAAAGCACAAAAACAAACCUGAUAUGAAUUAUGAAACAAUGGGCAGAGCUCUCAGAUACUAUUACCAAAGAGGUAUACUGGCUAAAGUAGAAGGUCAGCGCUUGGUGUAUCAGUUUAAAGAAAUGCCAAAAGAUCUUAUCUACAUAGAUGAUGAGGAUCAGAGUCCCAGUACCGAGUCUUCAGAUUCCUCUUUAUUGUCAACAACUGCGACUAAUAGAAACCAAUCAGGCAGAUCUAAAGCGUCUAACACAGGAACAAGAGGAGGAUCCACCACAGUUCUAAAAACAACAGGGAACUCUAAGUCUACUAAACUUAAGGAGCCUGUGGAAGCCGUACAACAGCAAAUACCUGGUUUCGCAUCUGACGUUUUGAGGACAAUGCAAUCUGCCCAGUCAAUACAUCCAACUCAGCUUUUUCGGACAGUUCAUGUAAUGCAGCCAGUGCAAUCCAUCACAGAAGGACAUGCAACUGUAACUAGUAACAUGCAGGAUGACACAUUACAUUCCUCUGUUCAAAACAUAAGGACUUUACAGACCCCAGCCCAAGUUCCAGUGGUUGUUUCACCUGGAAACCAGCAGUUGCAUACUGUAACACUCCAGACAGUGCCUCUUACAACAGUGAUAGCCAGCACAGAUCCAGCAUCAGCAACAACAUCCCAAAAAUUUAUUCUCCAAGCCAUUCCUACUUCGCAGCCAAUGACAGUACUUAAAGAAAAUGUCAUGCUGCAGUCUCAGAAGCCAGUCUCCUCUUCUUCAUCUAUUGUCUUUAGCCCAGCCCAAGUUCAACAGGUUCUCACCAGCAAUGUGCAGACCAUUUGCAAUGGAACAGUCAAUAUGGCUUCAUCUUCAUCCUUCAGUGCUACUACUCCCGUGGUAACUUUUUCACCUAACAGUUCACAGAUGGUUGCUCAUCCACCUGGCACAGUGAUCACUUCAGUUAUCAAAGCACCAGAAACUAAACAGACUGUUAUACAAGAAAUGAUGAAAGAGGCGGUAGAAGAGGACACAAAAGAUGAUGCCGAGCAGUCAGAGCAGAGGUUCCAGCAGCAGCCUUUUGUGAUGGUGGUAUCCAAUUCAAAUGGAUUCCCAUCUAACAUGCAAGUGAAACAGGAAAGUGAACAGUUGGAAUCGAAUUUAUAUUAAUAAACAAAAAAAAUCCCUGUGGAUGAUUAUUUUCAUAAAUGUGAUGGGACCUUUACAGUUGUGUGUGUGUGUGUGUGUGUAUAUAUAUAUAUAUAUAU